AUGCCCGAACUCAACAACGCUGCGGAGAAAGGUAAGCCUCUCCGCCGCAAGUCCCAGAUGCUGGAUGAAUUUGUCACGGGGGAGUUGUCCACUGCGCCAAUAGCGGAGCCAUCCGUCGGCUCUACUAUCAUCGACUCCCACCGUGUUGUCAAGUCCGCGCGUGAUCGGUGCGAGGAGCGGAAGAGGCAGGAGUACGUGGGCAAUAACUUUGUUAGGCUGCUGGAUGUGGGCAAGAAGAAGGCGAGGGAGAGGAAGUGCCGGGGUGGGAGAGAGACGAGCGGUAGGGGCCGUGAGGACCGGUCGAGCCCCACGGGGAAUACAGAGAGGUUGAUGAAGAGGGUUGAUAGAGUGGGUAAGAGCGCGAAGUUGUUGGAGAGGAGUUGGAACAGGAGCGGUGA